AGAGUUCGAGUGUUGUUUACAAAGCUUCUUCUUUCUUCUACUUGCUUUCCUAAACACCCGCUAAUUUCGAAACCUCGAAAACAAAAAUGGCUUCGCGUCUUGGAGUCUCCCUACGCGCCGCCUUGACGGCAUCUCACGCCCCGCACUUCGACGACGGAACACGCCGUCACUCCUCGUCAAUUUUCACGGCGCCAUUCCCGAACCGGAGAAAUCGAAUCGGAUCGAGGACGCUUAGGGUUUCGAAUGACGGACCCGAAUCGUACCUCGACAUGUGGAAAAACGCCGUCGAUCGCGAGAAGAAGGAGAAGGCCUUCGAGAAAAUAGCCGAGAAUGUAGCUUCCGAUGGCGAUAAAGGAGAUUUAAACAAGAAGAGCGACGAAUUCCAGAAGAUCUUGGAAGUCUCCGUCGAGGAGAGAGAUCGGAUUCAGCGGAUGCAGGUCGUGGAUCGCGCCGCCGCGGCUAUCUCGGCCGCGAAAGCCAUUCUCGCCUCUAACAAUUCAGGCGACGGCAAAGAUGGGUUUCAAGAGGAGGAUGGAAUCGAAGUCGAGGAGACUCAGAACAACGCUAAGUCCAAAGGGACGUGGAGCAGAACAGUGUAUGUCCCUCGGUCUGAAACUUCUGGUUCCGAGACACCAGGACCUGACUUUUGGUCGUGGACACCUCCUGGAGAUAGUGAGAUGAGUUCCGAUGCGAGUACGGACUUGCAACCUAAGCCUUCUGAGUUUCCAACCUUGUCAAAUCCUGUACUGGAGAAAGAACCUUCGUCGGAUUCUCUUUCCAUACCUUACGAGAGCAUGCUCUCCACCGAAAGACAUAGCUUUGUUAUCCCUCCUUUUGAGUCUUUGAUCGAGGUUAAAAAAGAGACAGAGACAAAGCCCACGUCGUCGGAACAUGACCUUAAUGCCGUAUCUUCAGCAAAUGCGGAAGAAGCGGCUCGUGUUCUUGAUGGUUUGGAUGAUUCUGCGUCAUCUGGAGUUAGCCAAGAGGGAUUGAAGUGGUGGAAGCAAACGGGUGUUGAGAAAAGGCCUGAUGGUGUGGUUUGCAGGUGGACUAUGAUACGUGGUGUUACUGCUGAUGGUGUUGUCGAGUGGCAGGACAAGUAUUGGGAGGCUUCUGAUGACUUUGGGUUUAAGGAACUUGGUUCUGAGAAAUCAGGACGUGAUGCUGCUGGAAACGUGUGGCGUGAGUUCUGGAGAGAGGCGAUGAUGCAGGAGAACGGUGUUGUGCAUAUGGAGAAAACUGCAGACAAAUGGGGAAAGAGUGGACAAGGUGAUGAAUGGCAAGAGAAGUGGUUUGAGCAUUACGAUGCUACCGGAAAAUCAGAAAAAUGGGCUCACAAAUGGUGCAGCCUUGACCGUAACACACCACUUGAUGUUGGCCACGCUCAUGUCUGGCAUGAGAGGUGGGGAGAGAAGUAUGACGGGCAAGGCGGAAGCACCAAGUACACAGACAAGUGGGCGGAGAGGUGGGUAGGGGAUGGUUGGGACAAGUGGGGAGACAAAUGGGACGAGAACUUUAACCCGAGCGCUCAAGGAGUGAAGCAAGGUGAGACUUGGUGGGAAGGGAAGCACGGUGACCGGUGGAACCGGAGCUGGGGUGAAGGACAUAACGGUUCGGGUUGGGUACACAAAUACGGGAAAAGCAGUAGUGGUGAACACUGGGACACACAUGUGCAACAAGAGACUUGGUAUGAGAGGUUCCCUCACUUUGGUUUCUUCCACUGUUUUGACAACUCUGUUCAGCUCCGAGCUGUUCGGAAGCCUUCUGAUUCAGAAAAUGAUGGAGAAAAGCAAUAAUUUAAAUAAAUAGCAUUUGGUACAUUGAGCACUA